AUGGGAUCAUCAGGUUCUUCACCUUGUGCUUGUUGCAAAUUAUUGAGAAGACGUUGCACACAAGAAUGUAUCUUUGCUCCUUAUUUUCCUUCCGAUGACCUACGCAAGUUUGCCAUGGUUCAUAAGGUCUUCGGUGCUAGCAAUGUCACCAAAAUGCUCCAGGAACUUCCGAUUAAUCAAAGAGCAGAAGCAGUGAAUAGUUUAGUUUAUGAAGCAAAUGCAAGAGUGAGAGAUCCUGUUUAUGGAUGUGUUGGAGCCAUAUCAUAUCUUCAAACUCAAGUUUCACAAUUACAAAUGCAACUUGCAAUGGCUCAAGCUGAGAUUCUUUGCAUUCAGAUGCAGCAAGACUCUACUGCUACGGUUACCAACACAUUACCAACAUAUGUUGACCAAGAUGACAGAUUGAUGCUCUUAUCUGAAAAUAGUAACUGCUAUGGAGUUCUUCCACACUAUAUUAACUUUCCCUCUUCCUCUUCUUCUUCAUCUAAUGUAUUCCAAGACUUUGAGCCUCUCAAGAGAGACUCUUUUGGGCUUGAAUUUGACAGCUAA